AUGAGUUGUGUGAAGAGGUCUUUUUGUAACGGAUUGCAAAGAGCAGUCCAAAUAAGACGACUAACAGGGUUGGCUAACUCAGAUCUCACACCAUUUCUGGCAGAGCAGAAGCAAGGUAGUGGUAGUGGACCGUUUGUUGAAAUACCGUCAAUUGAGAAAGUGCCUAGAUCCAAUGUUUUAUUCAAACUGCCCAGGAACACCAAUCUACACGGUGAGCUAAACUCGGUUGCAGUGCUAGACAUAGCUGAAUCGCCAGACUUGGCGCAAGGUCAAGACAAGGCGAAAUUGAAGGUCAUUGACCAAAACUGCAAGAGCAUAUCAAAGAUAUUCUCAAACACCAAUGCGAUGAAUCUGCUUGUCAACACCACUGUGCCAACUACAAACAUACGAUUCUUCAAGAUUGAGGACUACAAGAAUGGCAUACAAGUAAACGUCAAGUCUAAUCCUAGCAUUCUAUGUUACACAGGUGAGAUUCGAAGAUCGCCAGUGCGUGAGCAAGGCAAGUUGAGAUUGAGCAAUAUUGUGGGCCACGGAUUGCUCGGGAUCCGCAGCAGUGCGGGACCGAUUACGCAAAUUGCACUAGCUGCAGGCGAAGAUGUCACAAUCGGCACGAAUUCUCUCAUUACAUUGGAAAGCACAUGCCAAGUUGUGCCUGAAACUCAACUCGAACCCGCGGUCACCAGCAUGAGAAAUAUCUAUCAAAGCAUUUCCGUUGCUAUUAAAAGAAGUUACAGAAAGUACAGCAACAGAUGGACCGAGGACAAAAUAACCAUUCGAGGACCAGGAAACUUGCUCAUCCAACUGAAAUAG